AUGUGGAAGUUGAAGAACAAAUUGAAGCGAAAGUUUCGCUCCUCAAAGGUAUUGGACUGUAACAGCAACCGCAUCGAUUUCGACACCCUAUCGUUCGACUCCGAAACGGCGCCACCGGAAUCGGAACAAUCCGAUACAUCGGCAGCUCAUCAUCCGGGGGUGUGUGCUGAUAAAGCGCGUGCGAUUGAACGGUUGAUAAAUAGCGGAAGUAGUACGCAGUCCUCUUCCGUGGCCAACUAUAGCUGUUGCUAUAACUACAAUUUGCACAUCAACUAUAAUGUACAUCGUCGCCUGCAUCCGCACCAUCAUCAUCAUCAUCAUCAUGAUCAUCACCCAAGUGAUCAUCACCACCAUCAUCAUCACGAAGAUACUGAUGGGACACCGUUUGGUAGUACAAGCUGCAUGACCACCGGUACCGUUUCGGAUAGCUCGGCAGAGCCAAGACGGCCAAAGAAGCCACCGUCAAAGGGUAGCGUCUCGCGAAAGGUUCGCCCAAUGUCCUCCGGAGCAGUUGAGCGACCUAGUCCCGGUUCGAGCGUCUCAUCGAGGAAAAUCUCCUCAGAACCUGAUACGAAAAGCAGGGCACCGCAGCCACCCAAAAUGAAGGCAACCCGAUGCGCUUCCACAAGUGACCUCUCAUCGUACAAAGAAUACCAGGAACGUAGUAAAGAACCGGAAGCUCCAGGGAAGAGUACCCGGCGACCAACCCGUACCAGGCCACGCUCCGCUUCACAUCGAUCGGCAAGAGUAGACCCAAACGUCGCACAAAGCACCGCAGACCAACAGAACCAUGCCGCACUCUGCCGGAAGCUGCAAUCCGUUUCCCUUGAUCCGGCCAAUGCUUCGAUAGGUGGUCAGACUACCGAGCUAACGGAUCAUGAUCGGCGCAUCCUGCACUGUAUGGUGUUGAAACGGAUUAAAGAGCUCGAGCAACUGGAUGAAGCUGUCCUCGCUCAACAGUGCUGGGAGCAGGAGAAACUCUUCCGCCGUUCGCUACUUGAUCAGCAGGAACGGAACUACCGGAGUGCGAUCCGUCAGAAGCGAACGAUCGAACAAAUCGAGAUCCGAAACCGCCGGCAACGGUUGGCGCGGCUCGAGCAGCAGCAAAUCGAGCGAAUACAGAACGAAAUUAGCGAGAAAGACAUCCGGUCGGCAAGCCUUCUAAAGAACAUCGAAAUCCGGAAGGGUAUCCGGGAGUGUGAGCGUCGUAGCCGGGAGCUGAAGCGGCUCGAGGAUGCGACGGUAACGCACGAGGAGAAGACACUCGAUCGGGACAUCUGGCGCCAAUCGUUGGUCGAGACGCUUGAGGAGCGGGCUGGAAGGGCGGAAGACCUGCGUCGCAAGGUGCUGGAGGUGUACCGGCGCCGGCUACAGAUCGACAAUCAGCUGGAGCGCAAGAUGCAUGCGCACAACCUCCAGCAAACGAUCGAGCAGGAACGGUACCGGCUCCGGGAGCUGCAGGAACGCAUUCUGGUGCGCGAAAGCCGGUUCCAGCAGUUCAAGGCUGGCCGGAAACGGAUCUUUGAUCAGCUCAAAAAUCGCGCCCAAGCAACGGCCGCUCUGCGGGAUAUGGUGAAGGCUUCGAUCGGUCCCGGUGGUGCUAGCGCUCAACCUAGUAGGCCUGGAUCGGUCGUUCAGCGCUGUGGGUCUUCGGCACGAUCCGGUACGACCACGACGGCGGACACGCCGCAUCGUCUGCUCGAUGUAGUGCGCAUCAAUUGA